AUGUCUUCUCCUGCCACACGACAAGUUACAUACGAGUCCACCACCACCGACUCCUCGCCAGAAAAGCGGACGCCUUCUCAUUCAAAAUGGAGCUUUGGGGUUCUCAAUGACAAGACAACGAUAGAAGUUCCAGGUUCUGUGCUGCUUCUUGCCGCGGACCGCAACGAACCUCUCGGUCUACGAAACAUCCACGCGCGAACGUCGCAUUCGUCUAUCCCGGCUGGAUUCCCAGUAGAUCCCGAUAGACACUCCAUCAGACGGCAGGCACAGCCGGAAAAGAAACGGACCCAGGAUGGCACUAUUAUCCUUGAUCCGCAGCCCGACGAGUCGGCAAAUGACCCCCUCAACUGGCCCGGAUGGAGGCGGGACGCUGCUUUAUUGUCCCUGGGCUUCUACUGCAUGAUUGGAGGCGGCAUAGGAUCCUUCAUGGCCCCCGGAUUUACCGACAUUGCCCAAGACUACCAUGUCAAUGUGGAAACCGUCUCAUUAGUAGUCGGUCUCUACAUGGCAGGCCUUGGCGUCGGAUCGGUGGUUGCGUCUCCAACCGCCAUUCUCUUCGGCAAAAGACCCGUUUACCUUGCGAGCGCCGUCGUCUUCAUCGGCACUUGCAUUUGGGCCGGGCUGUCCCCUUCCUUUCCGUCGCUCGUCGUUGCUCGCAUCGUCCAAGGCAUUUCCCUGAGCCCCAUUGAGUGCCUACCAUCCGCUACCAUUGCCGAGAUCUUCUUCCUCCACGAGCGAGCGUACCGUAUUGGAAUAUACACGUUGCUGCUUCUCGGGGGCAAAAACUUAAUUCCCCUCGUGAGCUCUGCCAUCAUUGAGCGAUUUGGGUGGCGCUGGAUAUUCUUUAUCGUGACCAUUGUGGCAUGCUUAAGCUUCAUGUUUCUGGUGCUUUUUGUGCCAGAGACCUUUUGGGAUCGGACACCAACACGGGGUCCUACGAAGCGGCCAAGUUUUUUCCGCCGCUUCUCGUCACGAAGGAGCAUCCCUCCUCCAGAGCCUCCGGUAUCAAUCAUUCCAAGACCGAUACAGCCCGGUGGCCAAGAAAAUGCCGCUACUGCUUUGGGUGUCGGGCAAGGAAAAGGAGAUGAUGGCAGACAGUUGGAGAUGCCCAUCGGCGCUGUCGGCGGAACGACGACAACCAUGACGCCUGACGAAAUACAGCCGGUUGUGAAUCAACCAGGAGAUCAUGGCAGUCAAGGUGAUGGGCCCGUCAAGAGUGUUGAAACUAGCAAAGUCGACUGCGUGAAAUCUUCCAAUAUUGAUUCGGAACGGGGUCAAGUUUCAACAGGCAUGGCUCUGGCCACCCAAGCAUACACGCAUAGACUUCGCCAAGAACCUGCAGAGUCUUUCAGACAACAACUCAGGCCAUAUCACGGCCGACUAAACAAGGACAAGUGGCUCAAGGUCAUGGUGCGCCCCUUUAUUCUCUUUGCAUACCCAUCCGUGCUGUGGUCCGCCGCGGUCUAUUCAUGCUCCAUCGGUUGGCUCAUGGUGAUAUGCGAAAUCAUGGCCAUUAUUUACCGCGACCCAACAUCGUACAACUUUACUUCCCUGCAGACAGGUCUCGUCUACAUCUCCCCGUUUAUAGGUGGUAUUCUUGGAACUGCUGUAGCUGGCAGGGUGAGCGACAUGGUAGUCCGGGCCAUGUCGUCGCGCAACGGCGGGCUAUAUGAGCCCGAGUUCCGCCUCGUCAUGGCAAUCCCAAUUACAUUGGCUACGUGCACUGGACUCAUGGGCUUUGGGUGGUCGGCAGAGGAAAAGGACCACUGGAUAGUUCCUACCAUCUUCUUUGGCGUCCUCUCCUUUGGCUGCUCGCUGGGCUCAACAACGUCUAUUACCUUUUGCGUGGACAGCUAUCGUCAAUAUGCUGGCGAGGCACUCGUGACGCUAAACUUUGCCAAGAAUAUCUUCCAUGGAUUGGUGUUUGGUUUAUUUGUCUCCCAUUGGAUGGUUGACGAGGGUCCGAAAAAGGUCUUCAUGUGGCUGGGGAUAAUUCAGCUUGUCGUGCAGAUUACCACGAUACCUAUGUUUAUAUUCGGCAAGCGAGCCAGGCUGUGGACGGUGAGAAAGAAUUUUAUGGAGAAAUUCUAG